GAGCUGAGAGAUCUGGCAUCCAAGCACCCAAACCUGGUUCUUGUGAAGCUGGAUGUGGCAAAUCCCUCAGCUAUUACUGAUGCAGCCAAGAUCGUGGAGGGGAAGCUGAACGGCACAGGCUUGAACCUGCUCAUAAACAAUGCUGGCAUUUACAUCCCGACAUCGUCACUGGAGACAGCAGACGCUGAAGAGAUGAUAAGGACUUACAAGACCAAUGCAGUGGGGCCUAUGCUGAUGGCCCAGGCCUUCCUGCCCCUGUUGAAGAAAGCUGCCCGGGAGAGCACAGAAAAGGGACUGAGCUGCAGCAGGGCAGCCAUCAUCAACAUCUCCACUGUCAUGGGGUCCAUCGAGAGAACUCAAGAGUCCUUCUUCAAGCCUGUCGUCUCCUACCGCUGCAGCAAGGCUGCCCUCAACAUGCUGACCAAGUGCCAGGCUCUGACCUAUGGUGAAGAUGGGAUCCUCUGCGUGGCCCUUCACCCUGGCUGGGUGAAAACCGACAUGGGCAGCCAGGAGGCUGACCUGACGGUGGACACAAGCGUGCGGGGGCUGCUGUCUGUGCUGCCCAUCCUCUCUGAGAAACACAGUGGGACCCUGCUCAACUGGGAAGGUAAAGCUAUUCCUUGGUGA